CCACACACACUCCUUGUCCCCCCCUCCAGACCCCACCCACUGGCCCAAGGCCAUAUCCCAUCAUUCCAACCACACUUGAACUCGGCCUCGUUGGCCUGCUCUCGCGCCCCGUCCUGCGCGCCGUUUUCGGUAACGGGAGUCAAAGCCAGGUACCGCAAGUGGUCGACGGCACUAGCAGUAGUAGCAACGCCGACGGAGCACCUACUGUAGCAACUGCUGCAGCAACCUCGACUUCAGCACCACUCCCAUCGCCACCACACUCGGACGCAAGCAGCGACACCGACCACAACUCGCCUACAACUAAAGCAUUCGUCCCCGUGCCCGUGCCCGCGGCAACGUCCAGUACCACCAGCCCCACCACCGCGCCCGGCCCCACACCCACACUUGCAGCCCCCGCAAUGGCCGACCCCGCCGUCGUGACGCAGGGCGACACCGACCACUUGGCCGCGCAGGCCCGUAACCUCAGCAUCGCGGAUGCAGGGCCGUCUGCGGGCAAGCUCGCGCCGCCCGACGCCGCGCUGAGUGCAGUGGGCCCGCCAAGCUCGGUCGGCGCCGUAGAGGACGAGGACCAGACGCGGGGCGUCGUUCCUGUACCCGUCGUGAUUCCAGCCAACGGUGCAAACGGGCACGCGUCCACCUCUAACGGCCAUGCGUCGGCUUCCAACGGCCAUGCCGAGCGGCCGACCCUCAGAGACGCGCCAUCCAGGUCGUACCUCAGCCGCCCGGAGAUCGUCACGUCGUACGAGCGCCCGCUGAGCGAGGCGAGGCCGACCGCGUCCCGCAACCAGUCGACGGCGAGCGCCAAGCCCCCGGCCGCAGAGAACGGGGUGAGCCCCACAGCGGCUGCGGUCGCCGGUGCCGCCGGUGCCGGUGCUGUCGCCGGCGCUAGUGCUGCUGCGGUCACUGGCAAUGCCAAUGGCACUGCUGCCACUGCCCCUGCUGCUCCCGCCAGCCCCUCCCCUGUGCGCACGAAGAAACACCGCACCCAGUCCUACGUUGUGAUUGAGAACCCGGCCCGCCAGCCGACACAGGUCCUCGACACGCCCCUCGUCGCCGAGUCGCACACCGGCUCGUUUGGCGAGAUCAAGGCGCCUGUCCCGCAGCGUCCGGCGUCGGCGCACGCCGGCGUGCUCCGCACCUCGAGCACGGCGAGCCAGCCGCGCCCGCACUCGGUCGCGCACACGCGUGCCGACUCUGAGCGGUCGUUCAAGCACACUGGCGUGCCGCUGUCUCCGCAGCGCUCGCGGCUGCCCCCGAUCCAGGACAGCCACGACCACGACCAGCAGCACCCCGUCGACGCGGCAAUGCACGGGCUGAUCGUGGGCCAGGUCGCGACGCAGGCGCACCAGCGCGCGCUGCAGCAGCAGCUGCCUGCGCCGGGCCCAUACAACCCCGGCCAUCCGGGCCACGGGCACCAGCCGAGCUACCAAGGCCACCAGCUGUACGAUGACGGCCCUGUCGCGCGCCCGCGCUCUGCAUUUGGCGCGCGCCCCGAGCCCGUGUUCGUCGAGGGCGACUACAACCCCCACCUGGGGCGGAGCAACACGGCCAUGAGCCGCGCGACGACGACGCGUACCGGCGCAGGACUCGCCCGCGGCGCCAACGGCGGCACGAUCGGGUCGAGGCGUGGCGCGUUUGGCCGCGGUGCUGGCUUCAGCGUCGGCACGCAGCCGCAGGAGGUGCUGGGCAGGGAUGACAUUCAUGCCCGUGCCGAGGCCUCGGAGCGCAUGCUCUCCAAGGACCAGCUGCGCCGCCUGUCUCAAAUGGAGCGCAAGGACGCCAAGAAGCUCGCCAAGAUGCUCAAGGAAGAAGGGCGCGCCGAAGCGCGUGCCGUCGCGCAGUCGAUCGCCGACGUCGGCCGCCUCGGCCGGCUGCAGAAGAAUGCGAUCGAAGAGGAGCGCAAGAGCCAGCACCGGCUCGCCAAGUGGACUAGCCGCGAGCACCGCGCGCGCCUGCGCUUCUUGAAGGAGAAGGAGAAGUACGAGCGCAUCGAGUCCGAGCUGCGUAACGCCGAGAACGACUUUGAGGAGCGCCGCGACCACGCUGCUGGGCUCACGGCGCAGGUGGCCGAGCGCACGCAGGAGAUUGACGACAUGCGCGCGCAGAAGGCCGCAGAUGAUCGCGAGCGCCAGGUCAAGCUCACUGCGCUGAAGAACCCGGCGCAUGCCUAGGCGCGGAGCGCUGGAGAGCCGCCACUGUUCCAAGUACACGCUGUUGCGCCUGCACCCACAUACAACACACCCGCCGCCACAAACUAUAAUACACUCGUUGGCGAUGUACUACCACCACCACCACAACAACAAUUCGCUGGAGCCAGCCUCGCGAUAGGUCCACACGUCGAUACAUG